CCAAGGGAGCAAGAGAAAGAAAGCAGCGACCGAACACAUGGCAAUCCAUCGGCGCAACCCCUACGCGGCGCUCUCGUCCCCCCCAAUUUCAUUUCGGGCUCAAUUGGCGUCAUUUGCCGAAGUUGAGCAUCUGAGCGCGCGCAGCCGCCGCCGCCGCCACCCUUUCCGUCUUGGCUCUAAUCCGCCCACAUGUGUCGUCUGAGGGAGGGGAACUCGUGCGGGAGGUGACGCUCCUCCAAAGGAACACACGGAGAGGCGCAAGGCAAACGGAGCCCGGCUGCAUCUCCAUUGAAACAUUGGCCAAGAAGACGGACAGACAGAUGCUGGCUGCCGACGAAGGUGCGAACACCAAAAUACUCCAAAUAGACGAGAGAGGCAGCUCUCAGGGUGCCCCCCCACCUCUCGCUUCAUUUCCAUCUAAGUAACCAACCUGCUUUUCUCCAUUCACUGGGACACCCUCUCCAAAAAUUGGGGGGGAAAAAAAUCCCCGCCCCUACCCCCCACCAAAAAGAUUGAUCUGACGUCGUGCGAGCAACUGGAUACUGUGAAAUCCUCCGCCAACAAAGAAAACUACGCGGUGAUUGAUCCUUUAUUUUCGCCCCCCCCCUCUCUCUCUCUCCGGGUUUGGCGCACGCAACCUGCACGAGCCAAACUCCUCCUCCACCUCCCUCCGGUCGCUCUCAUCUUCUCCCGCCCUCCUCCUCCUCCGCCCCCCUCCGGUCCUCUAUGCUCAGUUCGGUGUGCGUCUCGUCUUUCAAAGGGCGCAAGGGUGGGAACAAGUCGUCCAACAAAGCAUGUUACAGCGCCGACAUGACUUGCCCGUCGGAAAGCGAGAAAAUCGUCAUCAACUGCGGCGGGGUGCGCCAUGAGACGUACCGGAGCACGCUGAAGACCUUGCCCGGCACGCGGCUGUCGUGGCUCACCGAGCCGGACGCCUUCAGCAACUUUGACUACGACCCCAAAUUGGACGAGUUCUUCUUCGACCGCCACCCGUCCGUCUUCUCGUUCAUCCUCAACUACUACCGCACGGGCAAGCUGCACUGCCCCAACGACGUGUGCGGGCCCCUGUUCGAGGAGGAGCUGGCCUUCUGGGGCAUCGACGAGACGGACGUGGAGGCCUGCUGCUGGAUGAACUACCGCCAGCACCGGGACGCCGAGGAGGCGCUGGACAGCUUCGAGACGCCCGAGCCCGACGCGCCCGACGACGACCCGGCCCUGGGCGGCGCCGACGGCGACCUGAAGAGACUCUGCCUGCAGGAGGACGCCAGGAGGGCGGGCUGGUGGAAGACCUGGCAGCCCAAGAUCUGGGCGCUCUUCGAGGACCCCUACUCGUCCAAAUACGCCCGGUACGUGGCGUUCGGCUCCCUCUUCUUCAUCCUCAUCUCCAUCUCCACGUUCUGCAUGGAGACGCACGAGGCCUUCAACACCAUCCUGAACAAGACGGAGAACGUGACGGUGGGCAACCUGACGCGCGAGGAGAUCGUCUACGAGGUGGUGACGGACAGCUGGCUGACGUACGUGGAGGGCGUGUGCGUCAUCUGGUUCACCAUCGAGGUCCUGCUGCGAGUCAUCUUCUGCCCCGACAAGGUGGAGUUCUUCAAGAGCACCCUCAACAUCAUCGACUUUGUGGCCAUCCUGCCCUUCUACCUGGAGGUGGGCUUGAGCGGGCUCUCCUCCAAAGCCGCCAAGGACGUGCUGGGAUUCCUGCGGGUGGUGCGAUUCGUGCGCAUCCUGCGAAUCUUCAAGCUGACCCGUCACUUUGUGGGUCUGCGCGUGCUGGGCCACACCCUGCGCGCCAGCACCAACGAAUUCCUCCUGCUGAUCAUCUUCCUGGCGCUGGGCGUGCUCAUCUUCGCCACCAUGAUCUACUACGCCGAGAGGAUCGGCGCCCACCCGGACGACCCGGCGGCCAACGCCCACACCAACUUCAAGAACAUCCCCAUCGGCUUCUGGUGGGCCGUGGUGACCAUGACCACGCUGGGCUACGGGGACAUGUACCCGGAGACCUGGUCCGGGAUGCUGGUGGGGGCCCUGUGCGCCCUGGCCGGCGUGCUGACCAUCGCCAUGCCCGUCCCCGUCAUCGUCAACAACUUCGGCAUGUACUACUCGCUGGCCAUGGCCAAACAGAAGUUGCCCAAAAAGAAGAACAAACACAUUCCCAGGGCGCCUCAGCCGGGCUCGCCCAACUACUGCAAGCCCGACGCCCUGGCCAUGGCCACCGCCUCGCCGCAAAGGCUCUUGGGAAACGUCCUCGGCGGAGUGAUGGGCUCCGGAGGCUUGGGGGGUGACUGUCCUCUCGCCCAGGAAGAAAUUAUCGAGAUCAACAGAGAUUCCAAGCAGAACGGCGACGCGGCCUCGGCCGCGUUGGCCAACGAAGACUGCCCCACCAUCGACCAGGUGCUGAGCCCCGACGAGCGGAGCCCCAUCGGGCGGGGUCCCACCCGGGAGCGCUACCAGCAGGACCGCGCCUGCUUCCUGCUCAACACCAGGGAAUUCCGAGCCACCGACGGGAACGUGCGGAAAGAGGCAGCAGCCCUGGCGCCCAGCCCAGACUCCCCUCUGACGGAGGACUGGUAUAAGAUGGAAGGGUCUCUGUUACAGCAGGACCUCAAUGCAAACUCCACCUCCUCCUGGAUCAAACCGUAGAGCAGAGUGUUAAGUUUCUAGCGUUGGCCUUCUCUGUGUAACGAGGAGCCCUUAAGCGGUAAACACAUAUUUGCGGUGGGAGCCACAUAAGCGGCGAGCGUGACGUGGAUGGACGUUUUGAAAGGAGCUCUUUGGGUCACCAGAGAGAGACAGAAAGAGAGAGAGGGAGAGGCCUCACCUUUAAAGCACCACUUCCCAAAAUUCACACGCUCUGCUCCUGCUCACGUCGUUACCAAAGUAGCCUCUCGGAACUCCGCUGACCGUAUUUUU